CCCGGAGUCUUCCCUCCCCGUCCUGUCGUAUAUAAAACAAGCCAUUGUCAAGCUCGCUUCUCCUGCCAUUAGACCGCCCAGCUUCAACUCCUUCCUUCUUCCACACACGCAGAGCAGAACACAGCUAGCACAGGAAAGCGGAGACCUUCGACCUGCCAGCUGUUGCAUGAUGGCAAGGCGGCAGAGAGGAUUCCGGCUCGGCCGGAAGCUGCUCGGGCUCUGGCGCCGGGCGCUCUGCAACCGCCGGCGACGCGGCUACGCCCGCCUGCAGCGGUGCCAGCUGGGAGCUGGCGCAAAGCCGUCCCACGCGGCCGUCGGGAGCGCCAAGCAGCAGCAGCAGCAGCUGGUGGUGCUGCCGCGGGAGCGGGAGCGGGACGAGCCCCGGCGGAUGCUGGGGUGGGGGCGGUCGCUGGCGCGGCGGAUGCGGCUCCUGCCGCGGCGCGGCGAGCGGCUGCUGGAGGAGGCCGGCGAGGCGACGACGCCCAAGGGGCAGGUGGCGGUGUACGUGGGCGGCGACGAGCCCGGCGGGGAGUCGAUGAGGUACGUGGUGCCGGUGGUGUACUUCAACCACCCGCUCUUCGGGGAGCUGCUGCGCGAGGCCGAGGAGGAGUUCGGCUUCGAGCACCCCGGCGGGAUCACCAUCCCCUGCGCGGCCACGCGGUUCGAGCGCGCCGCCGCCAUGGCCGCCGCCGGCGGCGGCCGGAAGGCGCCCGGCUGGUGGUAGCACGGCGCCUGCCCUGCCUCCUGUACAGCAGUUACUACAUGCAUACACAUGCGUGCUCGAUUGAAUAGAUAGUUGGAUGGAUGUGUGUAUUUUUUUUCUCUUUACCAGUUUGACUUUUUUUUUCUGGGUGUUUGUGGGUGCUCAUGCGAUGCGAUCAUGCGAGUUUUUUUAGUUUUAGCGAAGAUGGAGGAGCGGCCCAGGAGGCCAGAUUUGCUUGCCUCCGGCCUCAAGCUCUAGCUCAUGUUCCUCCCCCAACUUGCAUGGCGAUCGUGUGCGUCCUGUACACUAUGAUCUGGUGGCCGAUCAAUGGAUCAUGGUUGUCAAUUAACCUCCCCGAUUGAAAUGUGAUCUGCCUAGCGUAAACGGGUGAAAUAUUCGUGGUCAA